AUGGACAAACCUGGUCAUUGGAUGGAGGACCCAACCGGACCUGGAGCCCACCUCCGAGAGGCAUUCAUCCCCUUGCGAGACUACACGUUCGAUGGUUUGCCUCAAAAGAUUGUUGACACCGUCAAAGGCCUACCAUUUCGCAUUGAUGGCCUCAUGACCUGCGUGGACGCCUUCUUGCCCGGCAUAGCCCGUGCUGCCGAGAUCCUGGGGUUGCAUACUGUUCCUGCCGAAGCCUAUCGACGUGCAGGCGACAAAUUCCAAACAAGGCGGCUCUGCCCUACACAUACCAGCAUCAAGGUAGACAGCCUGGCAGCCUUCUUGGCAGACUUGGGAAAGCGAAGCGAGCCCCUGAAGUAUCCGCUGGUGGUCAAGCCAACCAGAGGGCACGGGUCUGAGGGCGCCAGCAGAGUCGAGAACCAACAAGAGCUGGUCGAGGCAGUCACAUUCGCAUUCUACACAACUUCUCCUCUAUAUUCAUAUUCAAUAUUACUACUAACGUAG